GCCCAAUCCUGAUCAUAUUCAGACAAAAGUUACCUAGAUAAGGGGUACUUAUUGGGUAGUCAUAGUACUGUGUCUAUCAACGGUGUAUCAGAAAGACACUCUUUCCCUGGACUUCCCCCUUUCUCUCUGUUGUCUGUUGCAGCGGAGACAGCCACCAUGCCUACUGAAACACAGAGUGAUGCCCGCUCCUUCCUGAGCGAGGACAUGAUUGCCGAGUUCCAGGCUGCCUUCAACCUGUUCGACAGUGACGGUGGCGGUGACAUCAGCACCAGGGAGUUGGGUCAGGUGAUGAGGAUGUUGGGCCAGAACCCGACCAGAGAGGAGUUGGCCCUGAUCAUCGAGGAGGUCGAUGAGGAUGGUAGCGGCAGCAUCGACUUCGAGGAGUUCUUGGUCAUGAUGGUGAGGCUCCUGAAGGAGGACCAGGCCGGCAAGUCCGAGGAAGAGUUAUCAGAGGUCUUCCGUAUUUUCGACAAAAACGGCGACGGUUUUAUUGACCGUGAGGAGUUAAAUGACAUCUUGGCCGCCACUGGAGAGCCAGUCACAGAGGAGGAAUGUAUCGAGCUAAUGACAGACGCAGACCUAAACAAAGACAACAGGCUUGAUUUUGAUGAAUUUCUGAAAAUGAUGGAGAAUGUACAGUAACAAGACCAACAUUCCUUUGUGACCCUUUCCAUGUGUCACUUCUCCUGCUCGAAGAAAAGAACAACUGUUUCUGAAUGGAAAAAAAUCUAAUACAAAAAUGAAAGCCACAUUUUCUUUUUGAGUCUUCCCAACUACUUACAGUAAAGAGUCUACCCAAAAACA